GCCAUGGCAGCAAGUGAUGUAAAGCUUCUUGGUGCACGUCCGAGCCCAUUCGUGAACCGGGUUCAGGUUGCCCUCAACCUCAAGUCAAUAGACUAUGAAUUCAUCCCACAAAACUUGGCAGAGAAAAGCGAGCUCCUUCUUAAAUCUAAUCCUGUUCACAAGAAGGUCCCAGUACUCAUCCAUGGUGAUCAGCCCAUCUCCGAGUCACUUGUGAUUGUGCACUACGUUGAUGAGGUCUGGUCUGGUCCUCCCUCUCUCCUUCCUGCUGAUCCCUAUGAUCGCGCCACAGCUCGCUUUUGGGCCGCUUACAUUGAUGAAAAGUGGUCUCCAUUGGUGCGGAAUCUUAUAAAUGCAACGGACGAGCAGUCAAAAGCAGCUGCAGCGGAGAAAGUAUUUGAAGGCUUAAAAUUGUUGGAGGAUGCAUUUGUGAAUUCAAGCAAAGGGAAGGGCUUCUUUGGUGGAGAAAAAUUAGGCUUCCUUGAUGUUGUUCUGGGUUGCUACUUGGGAUGGGUAAGGGCUGGAGAAAUAAUUACAGGUUUGAAAAUACUGGACGAAACCAAGACAGCAGCCCUGGUGGGAUGGGCUGAGAGGUUUACUUCUAAUAAAGCUGUUGAUGGUGUUAUACCCGAGCCUGAGGAACUCGUUAGCUUUAUGAAAAUGCAAGCUAGGGCCGCUGCUGCUGCUGAUGCUUCUUCAAAGUGA